ACGGCUGCGGCGGCAGCUGACGUCGGCGUCUCGCGCCCGAGCUGCCACCCUUUCACGUUUCGCCGAGACGACGUAUGUACUUGGGAAGCACCGUAUCAGGAACUGCUACCCCCGGGGCUGCAGCAAAGAACAAGGCGCAGGUUUCUGCGUGAUCGCCAGAGGAAAUCUUCGCACGACGACAAGGGUAGAGCGCCCGCUGCCGGAGACGCCAUGGCCUUCAUCCAGACGACGCUGCUACUCCUGCUGGCUUGGCUCGCGACAGCGACUUCACGGCUACCUGCAUCCGAGAAAGUGCUCCUGCAGCGAAAGGGGAAUCUUUGCGCGUACCGCGUGAUCCAAAACGUGACCUGCCGGGAACGGAACGGCACCGAGGUCGUGCAGCUCAGGACCAGACCCGAGUGCCUGACCGGCGACUGCAGCGUAUACACCGUUCCGGUUAGACGACCCGUCUACGUGACCCGAGUGCGGAUGCAGCAGAAAGUCAUCUGGAGCUGCUGUCCCGAGUAUUCCGGUCCGGCGUGCACCCCAGCAUUGCAGGUUCCAGCCCAGGCUCCGAAGAUAGGAGCAGGGGAACACAAGCGCAGCCUUCACGUUCCCGGAACCCCAAGGACGUGGCCCCCACCACGUGACCAGCCACCUUCGACUGUGCCCUGCAACUGCGGCGGUGCCAGGGCUACUUCCGGAGCUCCGGGACGGACUUCCGGCGCGUCUACCCCUGGACCACCUGGUCCACCUGGUGCGGUAGGUCCGAAGGGACCACCAGGACCACCCGGUGUUCCCGGAAGAGACGGUCCUCCAGGACCGGCGGGUACUCCCGGCCCCACCGGACCUCCCGGACCGCCCGGGCCUCCAGGUGGACCUUCCGUAGGCGGUCACGCUGAAGCAGACCCCAGGGACUUCAUCAGUCACCGCAGUGCUAUGAGCGUGGUGGAGACGGUGUCCAAGUUGGCGAGCGACCUCUCCGACCUGGACGAACGUGUGGACAAGCUUGAACGAGCCCUGAGAAGACUCACAGAUUUAGAUGCAGGUCCUCUGGGGAUCGGCAACGACGACCUGGGACCGGUGUUUACGGAGCCGUUCGACGGCCACACGUUUGGCCAGCCAGCUCCGACAAGACCGCCCGUCGCCUACGAGGACAUCGGUUACGAUGCCGACGUCCCCGACCUACCAGCGACUAUGGUGCCCUCUGGUGCACCUACUAGUCCUGACGCUGCAAAAGACACCUCGAGGACUAGACCGACAACUACGCGAGAUUGAGGCAAGCACUGACAGACAGAUGGAUGUAAGCACCAGCAGCCGACACAAUCCAAAAGAAACAGACGAAAAAAAAAAAAAAAGGAAGGAUGGACGGACGUACCCAAUAUGGCGUAGGCUAACAGACGCCGUUAAACGCACACGAUCGCAUCUGCAACUUCCGGGAGUAACUAACAGACGUUUGUUGAAACCAUCGUAUUUGACUUUAAGCGUAUACUGUUCGCUGAGACACGAGCAAUUCCGUAAGCGUUAGCUUUUUUUUCGCGUUCACCCUGAGCGCCAUGAUCGGUGUGCUUGAAAAACUCUACAGGCUGCUUCGCAUUCGGCGAUUGAGUGUAUUUUGGACUGAUUGCAAUCUGCAAUCUGGACUGAUUGCAACAUGGCUUACAAGUUGUGGCCGUCCCUCAUUUGCUAAACGCCGCAGUCAGUAUAAGCUAACUUGCUUAUAGUGCAGAGACAAUUGUUGCAAAAAAAUGAUAAAAUUAAUGUUGUUCGGGUGACUCGAUGCAUUGCGCCUCGUAGUUUCAGUAAAAAUAUCUUUAUUUAUAAACGCGACAAUUGAUAGGAAUCUUUGAGCAACAUGGAACGGAAACGUUGAAUUCCUCGCGUUGCUCUUAUCAUAUGAUUCUUUUUUUUUUUUUCAUCGUUGUCUGUAAUUCCCUGAGAUCGAAGUGAUAGGGCAUUGUGUCAGAAAGGGGCUUCAUCAAUCAGAAAUUAUCUUUGUAACUUACAAAUUAUCUGCCAACACUCAUUCAAACCAUGAUCCACGAGCAAUCACAACGACGUCAACGUUCAAAAGAUGCACGAUAUCGGCGUGAGACAGCGGCUUCGCUUGAUAAAGAUGUGCAGUAAAAGUUUACUAACACGUUGCGUCAUAUAGACGGUAAAAUGUCCCUCAGCGGUCAGUGCAGACGAAGUGAGGUUAACUUCUCUGUAAACACAGAGGCAAACGCAGAAAAGAGAUCUGCGUUCUAAAUAACACAUAAUGCUAAAGAAUUUUCGGAGCUUGCUUGCAAAGCGCGCAAGCCAGAACAAUUGUGUGACGCGUGUGUUUUGAUGCACAAAACAGACGUGCAAACGACAACGCUUAUGUGUACAGUACUAAAUCACGAUUAACAAAAAGAAAUAAAAUAAACUGGAAAGAACAAACUAA